AUGCAUCUAGCUCGCUUUCUGCAUUCUAACGUUCGCAUCUCCACUCCAUUCCGUUCCGUCGCAUUUCGAAGGCUAUCUUCAACCACAACCAUGGCGUCAUUGCAGCUGCACAACUCGCUACAACCAGGAGGGCCUGUGCCUUUUGUUCCCAAGGAAGAUGGCAAGAUUGACUGGUAUGUUUGCGGUCCUACCGUCUACGACAAGAGUCACUUGGGCCACGCUCGCAACUACGUCACUUCAGAUGUCAUCCGCCGCAUCUUGAUGCAUCACUUUGGAUACAAGGUCAACUAUGUCAUGAACAUGACGGAUAUUGACGACAAGAUUAUCCUCAAGGCCCGUCGCCAGCGUUUGCUCGAAGUCGAAAAGAAGAAAACAUAUACCCCCGAAGAGCUCAAGAAGCUCGCCCUCGAUGCUUUCCAACAAUACGCUGAGAAGAGUCUGCCUCUUCUGGUACAAGACGGUGUCCAGUUAACCGAAGCCAACUACAAGGAGAAGCGCGAUGCUGCCUAUGGUCGCGUGCUGACCGGAGGAACUAUUACUGGUGAAGGCAAGCCUAGCGAUGCCGAAGCCAAGGUUAAGAUGCACGUCGCCAACAUGGACGCUGCUGCAGAGGCCAUCUCUGCCGGUGCCAUCUUCCCAGGAUCCGAUGAGGUCCUUCUGCCUUACUUGGACUCUCUCUACAAAGAAACCGUCGACACCAGCGACCAGACUAUGUUUACCGAUCUCACUAAGGCAAUGGAGCUACUUUUCCUUCAGGAUAUGGACAACUUGAAUGUUCUUCGUCCUACUAUUAUUACCAGAGUUACGGAAUACGUUCCUCAAAUUGUCAAGUUUGUGGAGCGCAUUGUCGAGAAGGGCUUUGCUUACGAAGCCGACGGUUCUGUUUACUUUGACAUCGUUGCUUUCGAAAGGGCAGGCAACACAUAUGCUAGAUUGCGACCUGACUCAAAGAACGACAAAUCCCUCCAGGACGAGGGUGAGGGUGCCUUGUCUACCAACCUUGGCGGAAAGCGAUCGCCCGGUGAUUUCGCCAUUUGGAAGAAAUCGAAGUCUGGUGAGCCAUACUGGCCUAGCCCUUGGGGUGAAGGUCGCCCAGGAUGGCACAUUGAGUGCUCUGUCAUGGCUUCUGAUAUCUUUGGCGAGCAGAUGGAUAUCCACUCUGGUGGUAUUGAUUUGGCUUUCCCUCAUCACGACAAUGAGCUGGCUCAGAGUGAGGCUUACUACUGCGACGCCGCAAAGGGAGAGCACACUUGGGUCAAGUACUUCUUACACACUGGUCACCUACACAUUGCAGGCUCAAAGAUGUCCAAGUCGCUGAAGAACUUCUUGACUAUCCAGGAUGCCCUUGAUACCACAUUUACAGCACGAAGCAUGCGUAUCGUCUUCCUGCUUGGCAAAUGGUUCGACGGUAUCGAAAUUUCGCCCGAUAUGAUUGCUCAGGCUGCCAGCUGGGAAAGCACAGUCAGCAACCUCUUCACAAACACCAAGUCAUGGUUGGCUGAAUCUGGACUUCAAAGUGGCGUAGCAUCGCUGUCGCUGGAUGCUUCCAACACCGACUCGGUGCUACUCAAGGAACUCGAGCAAGCCAAGCAAGACGUUAACGCUGCACUCUGCAACUCCUUUGAUACGCCUCGUGCUAUGCAGGUUAUUCUCAAACUUGUCAACGUCACCAACAGCUACCUCAAGGACAACAAGGACGCCAAUCUGGCUGAAGUAGAGGCCAUUGCCAGAUGGAUUACCAAGCUUGUUGGCAUCUUUGGCCUUGAUGCCAAUGCCACUGCACCCUAUGACGGCCUUGGCUGGGCCUCCACCCUUGGCGCCGAUGUAGACACAAAGGUGGCAGUCGAGCCGUAUGCAUCUAUGAUGAAGCGAGUUCAGCAAGACGUAACCAACUUGAAGAUCGAGAAUGACGUAUUGGCGUCGCUCGCUUCUAAGGACCCUGUAGCCGAAUUCGAGGAGAUCGAGAAGGGCGGCUCCCGCGAUAUUGAGCAGCUUUCGUUGCCCUACCUCCGCGUGAUUGCUCAGCUACGUGAUGAGCUCCGUCGUAUCGUUUCUACUCAGGCUCCUGAUGUUAAGAAGGCCAUUCUUGGUCUGACUGACCGUAUUCGUGAUUACGACUUCACCAACCUGGGAGUGUAUCUCGAUGACAGACCCGAUAACCAGCCAUCGCUGAUCAAAUUUGUUCCGGCAGCCGAGUUGAUUGCUGCCCGCGACGAAAAGGCCGCCCGUGAGGCCGAAAAGGUCAAGAGAAAGGAAGAAGCGCGACUUGCGCAAGAAAAGGCGGCGGCAGAGGCUCGCGAGAAGGCCAAGGUGCCACCCGAGGAGAUGUUCAAGGCAGACGAGAGAUACGCAGAGUGGGACGAGCAAGGAAUGCCCACCAAGAUGAAGGACGGCAGCGAUGUUCCCAAGAGCCAACUCAAGUCGCUCAAGAAGUUGUGGGACAAGCAGAAGCGUGCUCAUGAGGACCUCAAGGCCAAGGGUGGUCUUUAA